CGAGAUCUUGCACAGUAAUCCUCUCCCCACCCCCCGAAUCCCGACCGAACCCUCCUCGACAUGGACGCCGCCACCCCAUCCAAGCGGGCCAGGACCACGGCGGCGUCGGCUUCCAUCGCCAGCACGCCGCAGAAGCCCAAGAUCGGGGCGGCCACCUUGUUCGCCGACCAGGUCGCGACGCCGGAGAAGCCGGCCAAGAAGGCCCCGGCGGCGGCGUAUCCGAUCUGGACGCCGGAGAAGACGGAGCAGAGGCCGCUGCGGCGGAAGGGGUGCGCGGCAGUUGCAGAGGAGGAGGAGGAAGAUGAUGAUGAGGAGGAUGAGGAGGAGGAGGAGGAGGACGCGCUCGAUUCCGUCGGAAGGGAGCUCGGCGUCAGCGUCGGCGCCAGCGCCAGACGCAGUCCCGUCAAGCGCAGGCCCGAGGUCAAGCUGCCCGAAAGCUACGAGAUGCUCUGCGAGUUCUUCAACUGCUUCGAGAGCUCCACACGGCUCCUCCGCAUGAAGGGAUCCAAGGCGACGUUCCCCAACAUCUGUGCUAUCAUUCAGAAACUGACUGACCGGAGGUUUACCUACGGAAAUUUGGCACAGCUCAAGUACAUAAUGCCCGAGGCGUUUGCCAUCGACAAGAUCCUUUUGCGUGAUGAGAGUACCUGCUGUAUGAAGCCUGAUCUUCAGGUGAACCUGUUGGUUAGUGCGGCUAAGGGCAGUGAGAUGCAGAAGGGGGAAACCCGCUACUCGGCCUUGAGAAGGAUCUUCAGGCAGAGGGUUGUGGAUUUCUUCAAGAACCAUCCUGAGGGAGAUGACAUUCCGGAGCAUGAGCUGCCGCAUCCCUUUACUCAAACAAAACCAAGCAUGGUUCAGAUCCCCCUAAGAGCUGUUCCCAUAGCUUUAUCUACAGGACCAUCACCAUCUAUGGCUGAACAGCAGCCUGUUGGGAUGUCGCACAUGCCUCAUUCCUUCAAGAGAAUGUUCUCACAGAGAUCUUCAACCUGCCCUGCAACUGCCAGCGCAACCAGUUCACCGGCAAAUGCUGAGUCUACCACUUCAUCUCCAUUGAGUAGGAAGUCGGUGCCUGUCUCUGGUGGCACAGAUCACGAGUCCCAUGUUGCACUCAGGUUUGGUGCUUCAGAAGGAACUCCUGCCAAGUGUGCCUCUACUCCAGUGAGAUUGCUGGCAGCUACACCAGGCCUUCACACCCCUAAGAGGCCAAUCUCUGCUACAAUGGGUGACAGUCCACCUCUGACAGUGGCCAAGCGAUCAGCCAGGGCCAAAUUGUUCAUGACACCUACAAAGGAUGCAAGCAGUAUGCAAGAAGAGAACGAAAGCACUAGCACGUCUGUUGUUGAUGGCGAUGAUGAGUUGCUCAGUUUUCUUCCUAAGUCCGUCUUGCAAUCGGUCAAGGAGAAGGAAAAGAGGGUUUUAGAGGACAAGGUAACAGGCUCUGCCGAUCAAGUUCAAAGGCAGAAGCUUAUAUCGUCCCUGCCAAACACCUUUGACACUAUCUUCCUGAUCUAUCAGUCGAGGCAGCAGUCUGUAUUGACAAAGCAGGAACUUCUUGACAAGAUAAUUGAAAGUAACCCAAAGAUUUUGGACAAGGGUGAGAUUGAAGAGCAACUGAAAUUACUGCAAGAGUUCGUUCCAGAGUGGAUAUCUGAGAAGACUGCGCUAAGUGGAGGUAUCCUCUGCUGCGUCGAUACUUCACUUAGCCAGUCAGAGAUUCGACAAAGGUUGAACGGCGUCAAGUAGGUCAAAACACAAAACCAGUGUACCUUGUUUAGAAACUAGCAAUAUCAUAGUGCAGUUUUGUGCCUGGAGGCUAGAGGAUGACAGAAUAUACCAUGCUUGUUCAUGGCAAUAUCUUCAGUUCUGUUCAAGUUCAGACAGCUCUUGACUCUGUGGUGAUUGACAUGUGUAGCUGAGCUUUCCUAACAGCCGAUUGUGUUGUCUUUUUUACUUGUUAGUGUGUAAAUCCACUGUCUGUGAUUCUCUUUUGGAAGAAAUGAUGUAUAUGUUACCUUGAUGUGCUGCUAAA